CCAACAUCGACAACAUUUUCGGUCGAGAGUGUCGCAAAAGGCAGCUUGUGCGCAAUGCAUGAUGGGUAAUUUACAAAACGGAACAAUACCCGCCAUGUAAAGAAAGCAGAUUGCAGCUGCUGAAUCGCCACACAGCGUAGAAGAAAAUUCAUAAAUUUGUUAAUAAUUUACGUCUAGUCUGGUAUGGCAGAUAAAAAUACAACCAUAAGAAUUUCAUCAAAGCAGCUGAUGUCGGUGGAAGAUGUUUUGGAUUCAAGUAGUAUUCAGUUGAUUUCUUCAUCAGACGAGGAAGAAUUUGAGAAUGAAGGCAGACAAUUCAACAUUUCAAAUAGUGCAUUAGUACCAGUUAAUAACAACAACGAUGAUUUAUCAUCGAAAAAGCAAGCUCCAUGUGAUCCUAGCAUUCUGAAGAAGUCUGAUACAAAAUCUAACAAAGUUGGCACUCAAAAUUUAUUUGAUGCAUUCUUGUCAGGCACACCGUUCUUACGAAAGAUGGUUCUUUUUGAAUCAGAUGUUAUACUUGAAUGCCGUUCUUGUCGUAAUCUUUUUCGCAAUAUUAACAAUUUCUUGGACCAUAAACGUAUGUAUUGCACAGACCAUGUACGUUCAAGCUGCACGUUAAAAGAACAGAUGUGUAUGGCUCAGUCACAGGCAUUGUGGGAGAGUCAUAACAGAACUGGGUUUUUAGAUGCUAGUGAGGGGAUUUCAGAUCAGAACAAUCUAAGUUACAAUGCACGUACAGGUAAAAGUAAAAAGAGCAAAAAUGAAAAUAAAGGAGUUCAGGUGAACUUGCUGGGUGACCCUGGUGAACCGCACCUUUUGCUUCGAGAUAUCCCUUCUACAUCUGAAGCCAUAGAACAGCAGGUUGUUGUACCUCGCAACAUCAUGUAUUAUGAUGAACUUGAUAGGAGCAGUGUGUUUCAACAUGUACAACUUCUUCAUGACGAGCUUGACACAACCAGAUUAAUCGGCGAAAUCACAAUGCGCCAGGUACGGCGAGCAACACUGAAGAACAUUGAAAAGCGUGACUCUUUGCAUGACAAACUGCAAAGUUCUAACAUUGACUUUUAUGUUGAAAGUGCUCCACAUGAUAUCUCAGAAAAGGUCAGUAAUAAGAAACAAAAGGAAAAGGAGAAAGAGAAUUCUCCAAUAAAGAAAAAGGAGAAAAAAUCCCCAGAUGUUGUACCAUUAGCCAGUGUAUCAAAAGCACCCAGUGCUAAGAAUGAAGCCGUCAGAAGUGUGUCAAAUAAGUGUAAAUUCUGUAAGAAAAUUUGUAAAAAUUGGACAGCUCUAGCAUGGCACAUGAGAAUUCAUAAAAGACGGCAGUAUAAAUGUCCGACAUGUCAUUACGAGACUCCAGCAUUAUACCGCAUUAAACGUCACAUCAUGCAUGUUCACAACAAAGAUGUGAAAGAGGUUGAAGAAGUCGUAAGAGCAGUUGUACAGAAAGCCCACCAGAACAACAGCAGUAACAGCACAGAAGUCUCUGUGAGUGAUACUGAACCAACAUGUGAUAUAUGUAGCAAGGUAUUCUCUUCCAAACGUAACCUAGUUAGGCAUAAAGAAAUCCAUGCUCGUAAAGGUAAACGAGUAACUGGAAUGACCCAAAGGCCAGAUGGCAAAUUUAAAAAUGAGAAGAAAACCUCAAGUCAAGAAAUAGAAGCUGCACGCAAGAACGUGUUUUCGAUAAUGGAUGAAAAGAACCUGCAGUGUCGUAAAUGUAAAAAGACAUUGUCAGCUUGGCGUAGACUAGUGCAACACUGCUGCAACCAUUUUGGAUACAACCGAUACAAGUGUAAAGGUUGUCCAUAUGAAAGUGGAGACUAUACCCAGAUGAGGAGGCACAUGAUGUGCAAACAUGGCCGGCAAUUUAGGAGCAUUCAGCAAAUAUCUGAAGCAAUUCGGUCAAUGAAAGUUGGUGUGUGGGUCAAUUUCAGUUUGCGAUCAGACAGAAGUGAAAGUGCAGAGACGGAAUCAAAUGUUCAAGAGAAGAAAUUGGUUGAAAAGAAAAAAACACAAAUUGAACAGAAGAUACCAAAAUCCCACAAAAAAUGUUCAACUGAGUUGAAAAAAUCACCUGAACAAAAAAAGUCUCCAGAACAGAAAAGGUCUCCAGAACAAAAGAAGUCACCGUCUUCUGAUUCAAAACAAUCUGAGCCAAAAAAAUGUCCCGAGCCAAAGAAAUUAAGCGACGAUCUUUCUAAGUCUCUAUCUGAUCAGCAGAAAUCUGACCAAGAACACGCCAAGAAGGAAGAAAACACUAAUGAAGAAAAAAAAGCUGGUGUAAAAAAGUUCAGGCAAGAAAAAGAAAAUGCGAGUUCUAGCUCUCACAGCAGUCCUGGAAAGGAUACCCCAUCACCAGUGCGCUCAUCUCCACGAAUUAAUAUAACACCAUCAUACGUCCGUAUUACGCCGCUUCGUAAUGUAAAGGAAAAGCAAGACCAAGCUGUUAAAAGAUCUACAGAGAGAAUUGAUAGCUCAGUAGAUAAUAACAUGAUCAAUUUACUGGCAGACAGAAAGAACUUGAAAUGUUUAAAAUGCAGCAAGCAGUUUCAGUACUUAAGCACCCUAAAACGACAUAUUCGCAAGCAUUUUUCCCCUACACCAGAGAAGAAGGGUAAAUCAGAUACAACCCACAAAUCUGCUGAAAAUCCAGACACUAAGUCCUCAACUGUGUUCUCAUUGAUUAAUUUGCAAGAUAUGCGUUGUCUGAAGUGUUAUAAACGGUUUAAUGAUCUAUCCUCUGUGAAACGUCAUGUUGAACGACAUCUUGGAUUUCAUUCUUUCUAUUGUAAAUUUUGUGGCUAUGUGUCUCAUAACUUCACUUGGUUCAAGAGACAUCUAGUGUUGAAGCAUUCACAUCAUAUUAAGGAUGAAAAGCAUUUGCUUCAGUUGGUUGGACAAAUGAAAGGAAAGAAGUAAUGUUCUUCCUCUGUAUUCUGUGGAUUUAUUCCACUCUUAAUUGUUGAAAUGUUAUUGCUAAUGCUCUCUGUACAUUUUAAAUAUCCGCCUCCUAUUGUGAGCUAUAUUUUGAUAUACUGUGAUGUUAUGUUUGUGUUUAUUUUUAUAAGAAUUAAAUAAUAUGAUUAAUUCCAGGGCCAGAUGUUAUAUGAAAGAUCUUGAACUCUAUUAACCAGAAUUUGUUUCUAUGAUGUCAUUGACUGGCUUGUAAUGGAAUAUCAUGUAAUCAUAAAAGUAAAGUUUAUUGUAUUGUAAUCAGAUUAAUUAUUUGAGGAACAUAUAAAAAGAUGUACAGGCUAAGUAAAUUUCAGGUUGACCAUUAACUGGAGAGUUGGCCAAGCCAUGUAGAAUUUGGAUUCAAGAAAUGGGUAUUGGUAUGAAUGGUAUGAUUAAGAUUAAAUUGUAUAAUUAAUGUGUGUAGUUCUGCCAUGUCAAAUAUUAAGUACAUUGUUAGACCAUGCAAAUUUUAGACUGAUAGUCCAGUCAUACUAAUUCUUGUCUGAUCUGAUCAGAUUGUUUGGCCAUGCCAUGACUAAUAUAGGUCUGACCACUAGCCAUGCUUAUAUUAAGCUACUAUAGAUGGUCUAACCAUGCUAAUAGACUGACAAAAAAUGUUUUGUGACCAUAACAUUAUCUGUUCCAUGUUGAGGAAAUUUUGUCAAUGACAACAUUUUCAGCUUAACAAGGAAAAUGCUGAUAUGCUCACUUUACAACAUCUCGUAGAUUUCUAUCUUGUGAGCAACAUGUGUAAUGAAAUAACCGUGUACAGUAAUAUAAUCAUAGCUCCUCUGUAAUAUCGCUAAAAAGUGAAUAUUUUAUAAACUGAUACUGUAAUCUCUUUAGUCUUACUCAGUUGAUACUGUAUCUUGUAAUCAUGCAAUUUCAGUUGAUAGCAGGGUUGCUUCUGAAAAGUACAGUUUAAAUUAAUUAGUCCUAAACACUGGCAGGUUAGACUGCUUUAAACCAUUUUCAGGCAAAAAUAGUUCAGUUGUUUACUGUAUAUAAAAAUAUCCUUGCAUAUGUGAGUGUUUACCUGGAUUAUAGUGAUGUUUGAAUUUAUCAAAAGAGUUAUUCAUGACUUUAUUUACAAGCAGUUAUGUUUUUGUCUCCAUUAUUAAAGAAAAAACUUAAUACUGUAUUUACUUAUUUUGGAUUUUCUGGUAUAUUUAUUGUCUGCUUGAAUCAAAUUCUACUGCCUGCAUAUCCUGACAUAUAAUUUACAUUGUCUGGCGCCCUCUAUGGUUGGCUAAUUACCACAAAGGCAAUAUACAGUGUCUUCUAUGAAAUAUUGUCCUCAAUUUAAUUUCAUUUGCUGUUUAAGCUUUUUUUGUAGUACAGUAUAUUAAUUUUUAUAAAAAAAAAAAAUAAUAAUGACCGUGCUUUAUAGAAGACUAUUAAUGACCAUAAUAACCAUGCUUUAUAAAAGACUAUUAAGAAUCUGAAAGACCUGAUUUGAUAAACGUUGAGAGACUGUUAUUUACAAGUGUGGAUCAAAAUGGUUUUCAGGUUUAUGACUGUAAAGACUUAAAUUUUAUUUGAAAAAAAUUAUGAAAUGCCUAAAUAUGGCCAUGAUGGCUUGCCAUUCCAAAACCAGCAUAUUCUUGUUCUCCACAUCGUAAGCUUUAAGAUAAUGGGGUCAUUUAUUUCAAUCGACUGUUGCCAAAG